AUGAGAUCGCAGUUCAAGGACGAGAACCCCUUCGACAAGAGAAAGUCGGAGUCCACGAGGAUUCUCCAGAGAUUCAAGGACAGGCUCCCAGUGAUUUGUGAGAAGGUGGAGAACUCGGACAUCCAGGAGAUCGACAAGCGCAAGUAUCUUGUACCUGGAGACUUGACGGUGGGCCAGUUUGUGUAUGUGAUUAGAAAGAGAAUCAAGUUGCCCUCGGAAAAGGCCAUUUUCAUUUUCGUCAAUGACAUCUUGCCACCCACCGCAGCCUUGAUGAGCACUGUGUACGAGGAGCACAAGGACGAGGACGGGUUCUUGUAUGUCUUGUACUCGGGAGAAAACACCUUUGGCGAGAUUGAGGGCGUGGAGGAGGUUGCACUCUGA